CUCAAGUGCCACGUCAGGAUGGACACGUUCAUAGUAUUGUGCAUGGCAGCAGCCGCCUCCGCCGUCCCGCAGUACAACUACCAGGGCCAAGACGGAGGUGCUGUCACUCAGCUCAAGGACGACGGCGCGCAGGCCCCUCCGGUGGAAAUUCUGAAGGACGAGCGCGAGGGCCCCGACGCGUCCGGCGCCUACAGCUUCAGCUUCGAGACUGCUACGAGGCACGGCACCAGUCGCAGGAGAGGGCAGCCGUCGGGGGCCGCGGGGGCUGUUGCCUCGCAGGGCGGAUGGACAUUCACCUUCCCGGACGGAAGCUCCGCCUCCUUUUCGUUCGAGGCCGACGAGGGCGGAUACCGCGUGGAGUCCGACCUGCUGCCCACGCCCCCGCCCCUCCCCGCCCACGCCAUCGCCCAGGUAGAAAAGGCUAAACAAGAGGACGCUGCUGCAGCUACUGCGUCGCCUCCAGCCAUUGGAGUUGCACCUGCAGAUAGCUCAGGGCCGCUCUACGCUGCGUCCGUCCUGGCCCGGUCCUGCCUUCGCCCGGCACCUGCCCCUGUCCACACGCCUGCCACAGUCCCUGGCUCGGUCCCUGCCUUCGCCCGGCACUGCCCCUGUCCACACGCUGCCACAGUCCCUGCCUCGUCCCUGCGCCCCAAACUAUAUAUAAUGUUGCAGGGAAGUAGAUCCCAAGUUUGGGAUUAUUCUCUGUCCCUUUUACGCUCGUUCUUAAAUCACGAAUAAUAUAUCAUUUCUUUUCUCAUUCCGCAUCUUCCAUCACACCGCCAUCAUUUCGUGUUCAGUGUCAGCUUCCCACUAAUUUUUCCCUGUUAUAUUAAUGUACGUGCAAAUGUGUAAUAUAAGUCAUGAGGUUUCCAUAUUACAAUGACACGGCAUGGUUUGUUGGUUGUUUAUA